GAUAGCAAUAUGAACUUUUAUUUUGGUUCUAAAGUUUUAAGACCCAUAUUUUAGUAUAUUCAUAAUUUUUUACUUUCUAUAUAGGGAGUUAUCUCUUUUUUUUUUCUUUUUCUUACUUUAAUAAAAUCAAUUAAAAAAUGAAAGUGAGAAAAAUGAGGGGAGUAGAAGAUAGGGAGUAUAUACGGAAAUGAAGGCGUAUAUUUGUGUAUUUGUAUAAAUACAGAGAGAGAAGAAGGAGGUGUAGAGACAGAGAUAGAGAGAGAGAGAGAGAGAGAGAGAGAGAGAGAGAGCGAUGGAAGGGGAAGAUAGGGUUCUGGCGACAGCGCAGCAGAUCAUGAAGAGCCUUCACACUUCUACGGACACUGACGAUAUGCUUCUCAUCUUCUCCAGCUUCGACAAUCGCCUCUCCAAUCUCUCCAAUUUCAUGUCCUCCUCCUCCGCCAUUUCCACUCCUUCCUCCGCCAAGGCCGCCGCCGCCUCCUCCUCCUCCCAAGGCGACGGGUUCGCCUUCGACAGCCGCUUCGAGGAAGCCGAGAAGCUCAUCGCCGACGGCACCGCCUCCCUCUCCUCCGACUCCGAUGUCUUCCUCUCCGCCGUCGACGAGAUCAUUCGCAUGACCGAGGAUCUUGAGAUUUCCCGCCCUCGCGACGAGGCCGCCCUGGACCGCGUCGACGCCGCUCUUCAGCUCGCGAUGUCGCAGCUCGAGGACGAGUUCAGGAACAUUCUCGCUCGCAGCACUGUUCCUCUCGACACCGAGCGCCUCCACCACUCCUCCUUCAUUCGCCGCUCCUCCCUCUCUCCCUCUGUUUCUGAGUUCCCCGAUUUCGAGACUGGGACGGUUUCUGAAGGAGGAGACCGCGGGGUUGGGGGGAGCAGCGGGAGGUACAAUCACUUGAGAGGCCCCAGUCUUGGUGGUUUGGAGAUGAAUCUUGACUUGAUCAAUCCAGAUUCCGUUGAUGAACUUAAAGAGAUUGCGGACAGGAUGAUCCGAUCUGGCUAUGAGAAGGAAUGCUGUCAAGUUUACUCCACGGUCCGGCGAGACGUGCUGGAUGAGUUCAUGUCAGUUCUUGGCGUUGAGAAGGUUAGCAUCGAGGAAGUCCAGAAGAUGGAGGGGCGGUCUCUGGACGAGAAGAUGAAGAAAUGGACCUACACUGUGAAAAUUGUUGUGAGAGUUGUCCUGUCUGGUGAAAAGCAACUCUGCGAACAUUUUUUUAGUGGUUCUGAUUUGACCAAAGAAAUAUGUUUCAUUGAGACUGCAAAGGGAUGUGUAAUGCAGAUCUUGAAUUUUGGGGAGGCUGUGGUCAUAGGCAAGAAGUCUUCAGAGAAAUUAUUCCAAAUUCUUGACAUGUAUGAUGCUCUAUCUGCUGUUAUGCCCGAUUUAGAAGAACUUUUUAGCCACGAGGCAGGGGAAAUGGUGUGCAGUGAAGCUAAGGGAGUCUUGGAUGGCUUAGGAGAAGCAGCUAUAGGGACGUUUGUGGAAUUUGAAAAUGCAGUUCAAGGGGAGGCUUCCAAGACUCCCAUCCAAGGUGGUGAGAUUCAUCCAUUGACUCGUUAUGUUAUGAAUUACUUGAUAUAUCUUGUUGAUUAUAGCAAUACAAUUAACGAACUCUUAAGCAAUGUUGAGAGUGGGUUGGAAUCUGAGAGCUCUCAAGUUGACGAUGAUAGGGAGUUGGAGAGUAAUUCUCUGUUUGCAAAGCGAUUGUCCAUAUUGAUUAAGUCUUUGGAAGUUAAUAUUGAAGAAAAGUCCAGGGUUUAUGAGGAUAUUGGGAUGCAAUAUGUUUUCUUGAUGAACAACAUGCUUUACAUAGUUCAAAAGGUGAAAAAUUCUGAUCUUAGGAAGCACAUGGGUGAUUUGUGGGUACGUAAGCGUCGUGGACAGGUCAGACAGUAUGCCACUGCAUAUCUUAGAGCUUCUUGGAGCAAAGUGCUGUCUUGUUUGAAGGAUGAAGGUAUUGGUGCAAGCUCUAAUAAUGCCUCAAAAGUUGCUCUUAAAGAAAGGUUCAAGAACUUCAAUGCCUGCUUUGAGGAGCUUUAUAGGAUCCAAACGGCUUGGAAGGUGCCGGACGAGCAACUUCGUGAGGAGCUUCGGAUUUCCAUCUCAGAAAAAGUGAUUCCAGCGUAUCGGUCUUUCCUGGGUAGGUUCGGUAGUCAUCUUGAGAGUGGGAGAAAUUCUGGGAAAUACAUAAAGUAUACAGCUGAUGAUCUUGAGAAUUACUUACUGGACCUCUUCGAAGGAAUUCCUCUCAGUCUUCACAACACCAGAAGGAAAAGCUCUUGAAAUGCAGGUCAUUUCUGUUUGCCUCCAAAAUGAGGAAAAAAAACCAAAAAAAAAAACAGACGAGAAGAAGAAGAGUAGAGAAGAUCCUGUUUUCCAUUUGCAGAAUAUCUGUAAUAUUACCCCAUGCUUGUGUUAGAAUGAAAGUUCAUUUCAUUGCUAGUUUCAUUCUUAGCUGACACAAUCUCAUUGUAUGAACUCUGAACCGUGCUUGUAUAGUGUCUGUAUCUAGAAGAAAUCAUACACAGGUGUAUGUCUUUUUUCUCCAUACAAAGAAGAAUAUUUUUGUAGGUGCACUUUUUAGAUACAGAUUUGGACAACUUG